AUGAAGAACAUUCAGCGUCUUGAACUGCCGGCUGCGGCUGAUAUGCAUGUUCAUUUGCGUCAGGGCGAGUUGAUGGACUUGGUAGUCCCAACUAUUCGUCGGGGUGGAGUUGAUACGGUAUUCGUUAUGCCUAACCUUCUCCCUCCCCUUACUGCUGUCGACCAGGUGCUUGAAUACAAGUCCAAGCUGACUACCAUUGCUCAAGAUAUCAACUUUCUCAUGUCCCUUUAUCUUCACCCUUCAGUCACUCCCGAAGUGAUUGCCCAAGCUGCCGAGGCUGGAGUCACCGGUGUCAAGUUGUAUCCUCAGGGUGUCACCACCAACUCUGAGAACGGUGUUUCUGAUAUCACGGCAUUCUAUGACACAUUUGCUGCCAUGGAGAAGCACGGAAUCGUCUUGAACAUCCACGGAGAAGCUCUCGAGUCUCUUGCGCCGGCUGAUACCACGUUGGAAGAGGCUUUCCUCCCCACUCUGAAGCAACUUCACGACCAAUUCCCUCAGUUGCGUAUUGUGCUCGAGCAUUGCACUACUGCUGCUGCUGUGGAGGCAGUCAAGGCCUGUGGGCCUACUGUUAGUGCAACUAUUACUGCUCACCACCUCUACCUCACUUCACACGAGGCCUGCUGCGACCCCUUUGCUUUCUGCAAGCCCAUCCCUAAGAAGCCCACAGACAGGGAUGCUCUGGUUAAGGCUGUCGUGAGCGGUAACAACAAGUUCUUCUUUGGAAGUGACAGUGCUCCCCACUCCCUGCAGUCUAAGACCUCUGCAGAGCAAGGCAAGGCUCCUGCAGGUGUCUUCACUCAACCCUACGUUGUGCAGCUUGUUCUCCUUGGUCUCGAGGAAGCCAUCGAACGUGGCGUUAUCUCCGAGGAAGAGGUUACUAAGGAGAAGCUCGAAAACUUCUUCAGCCGUAACGGGCGGCGCUUCUACAAGUUGCCCGAUACCUCUGGCAACAAGAUUGUUUUGGAGAGGAAGGGUGAGAAGAUCCCCACUAGUGUCAAGAGUGCCGACGGAAAGUCUGAGGUAGGCAUUUCCAGACAUGGUACCGAGGUGUUCAGCCUGACAUGGGCCUAA